AUGUCCACCAAAGCCGAGCAGUUUGCUUCCAAGAUCCGGUACUUGCAAGAAUACCAUAACCGCGUUCUUCACAACAUUUAUCCCGUCCCUUCUGGAACUGACAUUGCAAACACUCUGAAAUAUUUUUCUCAGACAUUAUUAAGCAUUUUGUCCCGCACAGGGAAGAAGGAGAAUCAAGAUGCCUCCAAUUUGACAGUGCCCAUGACCAUGUGUCUUUUUCCUGUGCCAUUCCCACUCACCCCAUCUCUAAGACCACAGGUCAGUUCCAUCAACCCUACUGUUACUCGCUCCCUCCUUUACAGCGUCCUGCGAGAUGCUCCCACUGAACGCGGCCAGCAAAGUCGUGAUGCUCAGUUAUCAGACUACCCAUCAUUGGACUAUCAAGGACUAUACGUGACAUUGGUGACUCUGCUGGAUCUAGUUCCAUUGCUACAACACGGUCAACAUGAUCUUGGACAGUCAAUUUUUUACACAACCACAUGUUUGCUACCUUUUCUCAGUGAUGACAUCUUGAGUACUUUGCCGUAUACAAUGAUUUCCACUUUAGCCACGUUCCCACCAUUUCUGCAUAAAGAUAUCAUAGAGUACCUCAGCACAUCUUUCUUGCCCAUGGCUAUACUGGGCUCCUCAAGAAGAGAAGGGGUUCCUGCUCAUGUUAAUCUGUCUGCUUCUUCAAUGCUAAUGAUUGCAAUGCAGUAUACAUCCAAUCCCGUGUAUCACUGUCAGUUACUGGAAUGCCUUAUGAAGUACAAACAAGAAGUUUGGAAAGAUUUGCUGUAUGUAAUCGCAUAUGGCCCCUCUCAAGUAAAACCUCCUGCAGUACAAAUGCUUUUCCACUACUGGCCCAACCUAAAACCUCCAGGGGCAAUAAGUGAAUACCGAGGAUUGCAAUACACAGCAUGGAAUCCCAUACACUGUCAGCACAUUGAAUGCCAUAAUGCCAUUAACAAGCCAGCAGUGAAGAUGUGCAUAGAUCCUUCCUUGUCUGUGGCUCUCGGUGAUAAACCACCCCCUCUCUACCUUUGUGAAGAAUGCAGCCAGAGGAUUGCAGGGGAUCACAGUGAAUGGUUGAUUGAUGUUCUAUUGCCACAAGCUGAAAUUUCUGCUAUAUGUCAAAAGAAGAAUUGUAGCUCUCAUGUGAGGAGGGCUGUUGUUACAUGUUUCUCGGCUGGCUGCUGUGGUCGCCAUGGGAACAGGCCAGUGCGCUACUGUAAACGAUGCCACUCAAACCAUCACAGCAGUGAAGUUGGGGCAACAGCUGAGACUCAUCUCUUUCAGACGUCACCUCCCCCCAUUAACACUCGGGAGUGUGGGGCUGAGGAGCUUGUUUGUACUGUGGAAGCAGUCAUCAGCUUGCUAAAAGAGGCUGAGUUCCAUGCUGAACAAAGGGAAUAUGAACUCAUCCGCAGGAGGCAGCUGGGCCUCUCCUCUUCGCAUCAUUCAUUGGACAACACUGACUUUGAUAACAAAGAUGAUGAUAAGCAUGACCAGCGCCUUCUGAGCCAGUUUGGAAUCUGGUUCUUGGUAAGCCUCUGCACUCCUAGUGAGAACACUCCCACAGAGAGCUUGGCUCGGCUUGUCAGCAUGGUCUUUCAGUGGUUCCAUUCCACAGCAUACAUGAUGGACGAUGAAGUUGGUAGCCUGGUAGAGAAACUGAAACCCCAGUUUGUUACCAAGUGGCUGAAGACAGUGUGUGAUGUACGGUUUGAUGUCAUGGUCAUGUGCCUCCUUCCUAAACCAAUGGAAUUUGCAAGGGUGGGUGGAUACUGGGACAAGUCUUGUAGCACUGUGACACAAUUAAAGGAAGGAUUGAAUCGAAUCCUGUGCUUGAUUCCGUAUAAUGUAAUAAACCAACCUGUGUGGGAUUGUAUCAUGCCAGAAUGGCUAGAAGCCAUGAGGACGGAAGUUCCCGACAAUCAGCUGAAAGAGUUCAGGGAGGUCUUAAGCAAAAUGUUUGACAUCGAGUUGUGUCCACUUCCCUUUUCCAUGGAGGAGAUGUUUGGCUUUAUAAGUUGUCGGUUCACAGGGUAUCCUUCUUCCGUACAAGAGCAAGCUCUACUAUGGCUUCAUGUGUUAUCUGAAUUAGACAUUGUGGUUCCUCUUCAACUGCUGAUUAGCAUGUUUUCUGAUGGGGUUAAUUCUGUGAAAGAACUGGCAAAUCAGAGGAAGUCACGAGUCAGUGAACUAACUGGGAAUCUUGCAGCUCGAAGGGUUAGCAUUGCCUCUGAUCCGGGACGCAGAGUUCAGCAUAAUACUCUGAGUCCAUUCCCGAGUCCGUUUCAGAGUCCCUUCCGCAGUCCCAUGCGCAGUCCCUUCCGUAGCCCUUUCAAGAACUUUGGGCACCCUGGAGGAGGAGGAGGAGGAGGUGGAGGCGGAGGAAGAACAAUUGACUUUGACUGUGAUGAUGAGGAGAUGAAUUUGAAUUGUUUUAUCCUGAUGUUUGACCUCAUCUUGAAACAGAUGGAACUGCAAGAUGAUGGCAUUACCUUGGGCUUAGAAAACAGCAUCUCUAAAGAUAUCAUUUCUAUCAUCUGCAAUGUGUUCCAAGCCCCCUGGGGUGGCUCUCACACUUGCCAGAAAGAUGAAAAGGCAAUUGAAUGUAGCCUGUGCCAGUCUAGUAUCCUGUGCUAUCAGUUGGCUUGUGAACUGCUGGAGAGAUUGGCCCCUAAAGAAGAAAUCCGGCUAGUGGAACCUACAGAUAACCUUGAGGACAGUCUUUUGUUCAGUCGACCUGAGUUUAUUAUAGGAACUGAAGGGGAAGAGGAAAAAAAAUCAGCACCAAAGCAUGGAGAAAACCCAGGAAAUCACACAGAGACGACAGGAAAUGCAGCCAUAAAAAAUGACACUGAAAGGAAAUUCUGUUAUCAGCAGCUUCCAGUGACGCUGAAGCUUAUAUAUACAAUAUUGCAGGAAAUGGCACGGUUUGAAGAGCCAGAUAUCCUUUUUAACAUGCUGAACUGCUUGAAGAUCCUCUGUCUUCAUGGGGAGUGUUUAUACAUUGCAAGAAAAGAUCAUCCCCUGUUCUUAGCUUACAUUCAGGAUCACAUGCUGAUUGCCAGUUUAUGGCGAGUUGUCAAAUCUGAAUUCUCCCAGCUUUCUUCAUUAGCGGUGCCCCUUCUUCUCCACGCUCUGUCACUUCCACAUGGAGCAGACAUAUUCUGGACCAUCAUCAAUAGCAACUUCAACAGCAAAGACUGGAAGAUAAGGUUUGAAGCAGUGGAGAAAGUUGCUGUGAUGUGUAGGUUCCUGGAUAUUCACUCAGUGACCAAAAACCACUUGCUGAAAUACUCCCUGGCCCAUGCCUUUUGCUGCUUCCUGACUGCUGUGGAAGAUGUCAACCCUGCAGUUGCCACCAGAGCAGGACUCCUAUUAGAUACCAUAAAAAGACCAGCUUUGCAGGGUCUAUGCCUUUGCUUGGAUUUCCAAUUUGAUACAGUAGUCAAGGACAGGCCCACAAUUCUUAGUAAGCUUCUGCUGCUUCAUUUUCUCAAGCAAGACAUUCCAGCUUUGAGCUGGGAAUUCUUUGUGAACCGGUUUGAGACACUUUCGCUCGAGGCACAGCUGCAUUUGGAUUGCAACAAGGAAUUUCCCUUCCCAACAACAAUCACAGCUGUCCGGACAAAUGUGGCAAACCUGAGUGAUACAGCCAUGUGGAAGAUCAAGAGGGCUCGUUUUGCCCGGAAUCGGCAGAAGAGUGUGCGCUCUUUGAGGGACAGCGUGAAGGGCCCCAUAGAGUCCAAGAGAGCCCUUUCUCUUCCAGAAACCUUAACGACCAAGAUCCCUGCAAGACUGACCAGGCAUGAGCAGUCUGCUCCUGCACUUGGAGGAACACCAGAACAAACACCAGGGCAGCCUUCACCAGAGAAUGAUAAUACCAUAAAGGACCUUCUCCCAGAGGAUGCUGGCAUUGACCACCAGACAGUCCAUCAGCUCAUUACGGUGCUGAUGAAAUUUAUGGCCAAAGAUGAGAGCAGUGCAGAGUCGGACAUCAGCAGCGCCAAAGCCUUCAACACAGUCAAGCGCCACUUGUAUGUCUUACUGGCCUACGACCAACAGGAAGGAUGCUUCAUGAUUGCUCCUCAAAAGAUGCGUGUUUCAACUUGUUUCAAUGCCUUUAUUGCAGGGAUUGCCCAAGUGAUGGACUACAACAUUAACCUUGGAAAGCACCUCCUCCCCUUAGUGGCUCAGGUGCUGAAGUACUGCACGUGCCCACAGCUUAGGCACUACUUCCAACAGCCUCCCCGCUGCUCCCUCUGGCCUCUGAAGCCUCAUAUUCGGCAGAUGUGGCUCAAGGCACUACUUGUCAUCCUGUACAAGUAUCCGUACAGGGACUGCGACAUCAGCAAAGUUGUGUUGCAUCUCAUCCAUAUAACUGUAAACACGCUUAAUGCACAGUAUCACAGCUGCAAGCCUCAUGCCUCAACGGGCCCUUUGUACAGCGACAACAGCAAUGCUAGCAGAUACAGUGAGAAGGAAAAAGAGGAAGACAGUGUCUUUGAUGAAUCUGACAUUCAUGACACACCUACAGGAACUGGCAAUAAAGAAUCUCAAACUUUCUUUGCAAGGCUGAAAAGAAUUGGAGGCAGCAAAAUGGUGAAAUACCAGCCAGUUGAGAUGAAUGCUCAGAAAAGUGAAAUAGAACUGGCUGAAUAUAGAGAAACCGGCGUGUUGCAAGACAGCAUCCUGCACUGUGUGAGAGAAGAAAGCAUUCAGAAAAAGAAACUGCGCUCUCUAAAACAAAAAUCUCUUGACAUAGGAAACUCAGACUCCCUGUUGUUCACAUUAGAUGAACACCGCAGGAAGUCCUGCAUAGACCGCUGUGACUUAGAGAAGCCACCUGCCGCUGCACCAAGACAGAAUGGACGAUCUCGGCAAAAUUCUUCUACUAAGACUGAAAAUGCAGAAACAGAAGAGAAUGAAAAUCCGCCCGCAGUCCCAGACAAAAUCCCAGCAAGGCGGAGACCUAUCAUUCCUGAGGUCAGGUUGAACUGCAUGGAGCCAUAUGAAGUGAAAGUGGAUUCCCCAGUUAAAGCUUCUCCUCCAAAAGAGGAUUUAGAUCUGAUAGACCUGUCCUCUGAUUCAACAUCAGGGCCUGAAAAGCAAUCAAUUGUUUCGAAUUCAGACAGUGACUCCUUGGUCUUUGAACCGCUCCCUCCUCUCAGGAUAGUGGAAAGUGACGAAGAAGAAGCUGAUGUCAUAAGUCAGCUGACCGAUCGUGUCUCCAGCAAGAUGGCCACUUCCACUCCUUCAAGCCCCACCAGUAUCUCUGUGGUCAGCUUCAGCAUAACCCCCCUGGUACAGUUCAGCAUUGAGGAUUGCUCGAGAGACUUGACCCCUACUGAAACAGGCAACAUUGUGUCAUUUGCACAAGAGGAAACCCCCUUGGUGGCUUUCGGCAGUCAAAGAGAUCUUGAAGAGUUAGCGAAGCCAGAGGAAGUUCAUGAGCUGACUUGUGGUAGCCCAUUGCUGACGCUGAAACAAAAACGAGAUAUGCUGCAGAAGUCGUUUGCUCUCCCAGAGAUGUCCAUUGAUGAUAGCUUUGACUUUAAUAUUGAGGAAAUUAAGCCUGGCGGACCCCUUCCCAGUUCAAGUGGGAAAACUGUCCUCAUUAAGGUCCCAGAGGACUCCGAGAACCAAAGUGAAAGCGAUAAGCCUGAUGCCAAUGUGGAGUCGGAUACCGAACAAAGUGCAGAACAAAAACCAGAGGAAGAAGCCGAAGAGUCCGAAUUUAAGAUUCAAAUUGUGCCCAGGCAGAGGAAGCAGAGGAAGAUAGCAGUGAGCGCCAUCCAGAGAGAGUACUUGGACAUUUCCUUCAACAUCUUGGACAAGCUGGGGGAGCAAAAAGAGACAGAUGCUUCAGCGAAAGUCCUUUCGACUCUGGAGAUGCCAAGAGAAUCAUCUUCCGCACCAACACUCGAAGCAGGUGUCCCAGAGACAAGUAGUCACUCUUCCAUAUCAACUCAGUUCCGACAAAUGAAAAGAGGCUCUCUGGGAGCUUUGACCAUGAACCAGAUAAUGAAAAGGCAGCUGGAACACCAGUGUAGUGCUCCCCAUAAUAUCAGCACAUGGGAUACUGAACAGGUACAGCAUGGGAAGAGGCCGUGCAAUGUCUCAGUUUGCCUAAACCCUGACUUGGAGGGACCACCACUAAGAAUAAGAGGAGCUACAAAAUCCAGCUUACUCUCAGCACCCAGUAUAGUCAGCAUGUUUGUACCAGCACCAGAAGAUUUUGCUGAUGACCAGCCUACGAUGAUGACAGACAAGUGUCAUGAUUGUGGAGCCAUCCUGGAAGAAUACGAUGAAGAAACUUUAGGUCUAGCCAUAGUGGUUCUCUCCACAUUUAUUCAUCUCAGCCCAGAUCUGGCUGCUCCGUUGUUGCUGGAUAUUAUGCAGUCAGUAGGGAGGUUGGCUUCAAGCACCAAUUUUUCUAAUCAAGCAGAAAGCAUGAUGAUCCCUGGGAAUGCUGCUGGUGUGGCUAAGCAGUUUCUCCGCUGUGUUUUCCAUCAGCUGGCUCCCAAUGGGAUAUUUCCCCAGCUGUUUCAGAGCAACAUCAAAGAUGGGAGUUUUUUACGGACUCUGGCCACGUCUCUCAUGGAUUUCAAUGAGCUGAGCUCCAUAGCUGCACUGAGCCAGCUAUUAGAGGGUUUAAACACCAAAAAGAAUUUACCAGCAGGGGGAGCAAUGCUACGCUGCUUGGAAAACAUUGCUACCUUUAUGGAAGCUUUACCCAUGGAUUCCCCAAGCAACCUGUGGACCACAAUCAGCAACCAGUUCCAGACUUUCUUUACAAAACUGCCUUGUGUUUUACCACUUAAGUGUUCUUUAGAUUCUAGUUUAAGGAUAAUGAUCUGCUUGCUGAAGAUACCCACCAGCAGUGCUGCCAGGAGUCUGUUGGAGCCGUUUUCAAAACUGCUUAGUUUUGUCAUUCAAAAUGCCGUCUUCACCCUGGCCUACUUGGUAGAACUGUGUGGCUUGUGUCAUAGAGCUUUCACAAAGGAAAGGGAUAAGUUCUAUUUAUCCCGCAGUGUCAUCCUAGAGUUAUUGCAAGCUCUGAAGUUAAAGUCACCUUUGCCUGAUACAAACUUGCUGCUCUUGGUGCAGUUUGUUUGUGCAGAUGCUGGAACAAAACUAGCUGAAUCAACUAUCUUGCACAAACAGAUGAUUGCAUCCAUGUCUGGAUGUGGGACAGCAGCGAUGGAGUGCAUGAGGCAGUAUGUUGGGGAAGUGCUGGAUUUUAUUGCUGAUAUGCACACCUUGACUAAAUUAAAGAGUCACAUGAAGACAUGUUCCCAACCACUCCAUGAGGACACUUUUGGUGGGCAUCUCAAAGUUGGUUUAGCUCAAAUUGCUGCAAUGGAAAUCUCGCGGGGCAACCACAGGGAUAACAAGGCUGUAGUUCGCUAUCUACCUUGGCUAUAUCACCCUCCAUCUGCUAUGCAACAGGGGCCCAAAGAAUUCAUUGAAUGCGUAACUCAUAUCCGUUUACUCUCCUGGCUUCUUUUGGGGUCACUGACGCAUAAUGUGGUCUGUCCAAAUUCCCCUUCGGUUUGUAUGCCCAUUCCACUGGACGCAGGCUCCCAUGUCGCAGAUCACCUCAUUGUGAUCCUGAUUGGGUUUCCAGAGCAGUCCAAGACAUCCGUCUUGCACAUGUGCUCCCUCUUCCAUGCCUUUAUAUUUGCCCAGCUAUGGACUGUAUAUUGCGAACAAGCGGCAGUGGCUCCGACUGUCCAAAAUCAGAAUGAAUUUAGUUUCACGGCAAUCCUUACAGCCCUGGAAUUUUGGAGCCGAGUGACGCCCAGCAUCCUCCAGCUGAUGGCACAUAACAAGGUGAUGGUGGAGAUGGUGUGUCUCCAUGUGAUCAGCUUAUUGGAAGCUUUGCAGGAAUGCAAUUCCACUAUUUUUGUCAAGCUGAUUCCGAUGUGGCUACCAAUGAUUCAAUCAAAUCUAAAGCAUUUAUCUGCUGGGCUCCAACUUCGCCUGCAAGCUAUUCAGAACAACGUGAACCAUCAUAGCCUUAGAAUGUUACAGGGGUCUGGCCAGAUGAGCACAAUCGCCUCCGUCCUCCGCAAAUGGCUGCAGUGCACCCAGUUUAAAAUGGCUCAAGUGGAAAUCCAGUCGUCUGAAGCGGCGUCUCAGUUUUAUCCUUUAUGA